AUGGCCAAUCUCAUGAAAUGGGCCAUGAAAACACUUCGGAGGGCACCCUCUCCACCUAUUUGUUUCCCCACUGGCGGCUUCGAAACCGUUCGUCCCUCGGAGGUGCUUGAAGAACUGUUCGUAAAGCUCAAACAAGAAAAACACUACCCUACUAAUAUUGGCGAUGUGCUUCAUGCCAAAUAUCAGAUCAUUGGUAGACUUGGAUUCGGAACUACUUCAACCGUAUGGCUUGCUCGUGACCUGAGCCAUCAAUAUGUGACGCUCAAAAUCUACACACCACUGGAUAUCUUCACAAUUCCACGUUCAGGCGGUGACCAUCCAUGUCUCGUUCAGAAGCCGAUGUGGGAAAAUCUGCUUAAAGCCGGUCUUUUGCAGAUCUUCCAGGCACUGGACUACCUGCACACGGAAUGCAAGCUUGUCCACACUGACAUAAAAAGCGACAACAUUCUUCAAGAGAUAGAGGACAAGUCUAUUCUGCAAAGCUUUACCCAAGCCGAGUUGACAAACCCUUCACCUCGCAAGAUCGUCAACGGUCUUCCCGUCUAUGCUUCACGACGUUUCUGUUUGCCGAAGGUGUUCGGCCGGGCAGUGCUGAGUGAUUUCGGCUCAGCCGUACGAGGAGAUGAGAAGCGGAAUCACGAUGCACAGCCUAAUGUUUAUAGAUCUCCGGAAGUGAUGCUCAAGACUGAUUGGAGUUAUCCGGUGUGGGAUUUGUUUGAGGGGAGACAUCUGUUUUGCGGAGAUGACCCUGACGGCAAGGGAUACUCGACGCGGGCGCAUCUUCCAGAGGUCAUGGGUCUUCUGGGGCCGCCUCCUUUGGAUAUGCUCAAACGUGGGAAACGAAGCCAUGAAUUCUUCCUUGACGAUGUGAUUCCGACGGGUGUCAGUUUGGAGCAGUCGGAAGAGUUCCUUGAGGGAAAGAAUAAAGAGAUAUUCUUGGAUUUCAUGAGAGGGAUGCUCCAGUGGUGGCCUGAGGAUAGGAAGACAGCGAAGGAACUACUCCAGGAUCCGUGGUUAAAUGAUUAG